CAUAUGAAAUUUGUAAAGAGAAAUUUUUCUUUAACUUAUGAAUUAAACAGCUUGAUUACUAAGAAAGGACAAAUGUGUGGACACCAUUCACAGUUUUAAAGUAACAUGGUAUUAUAGGCAUAUGUAGGGCAUUUUAUAGCUGUAACUCUUGUUCCAAUCUGUAGAUUCCUCUUAUACUGAGCUCUGAAUAGUGCUACACUGAAAUCUGAUCAUGACUUAUUGAAGAUAGAGAUGAGUAUUAUCAGAGUUCGUCUGGAACCCCAUACUCCAUCUAAUGAUAUUUAGUUACUUGGAUAAAAAGAAAAUUAUAAAUCAUCCUAUCCAAAAAUCAAUCAUCUCCAAAUAAAACUAAGUCACUCAGAGAGAAUCAUAUCAGGUAACUUUUGCUUCAGAGGGAAUUCAACAAUAGAUUAUUUUCCCACAAAUUCCAUUUUUUUUGAGCCAAUUACUCUUUCUCUUAAUUCAUAUACCACACUUCAGUGUCUAGCAAGCAUAUUUGAGGCCCUGACUGAUGAUAAUCCCCACACAAUACCACCACGGUAAGAACACCACGGUUUGUCUGUGUGUUCGCAACCUUUCACAAUGGAAUUAGAUUGAAAAACCACGAGGAAAUCUCUACAACGGAAAAACUCACUUAUGUCAUAAGCUAAGUCUAAUUGAGACUGGAAGGUGGAUACCACAAAACCUCAGAAAAAUCCUCAAAGAUAAAUACCAAUGGAAGAACAUUCUCGUGAAGGUUUAAUCAGAGAUCGGUCUCCCAAUAUGGAGAACAUUAAGACACAAGAAAAUCACAAAUACAAUGGCCAAGACCUUAGCACAAAUUGCCAAGGACCAAAUUGAGUAAUAUACUUUCGUUCUAGCUCUACUUUUAGAUCUAAACACGCUCUUCGGUGUACUUUAAGUGGGGUCUGAAGAGGGGAAACCUAAAUUACUUCUUAUGGAAAAUGCGGAUGGUGUCACAAAGAACACUCAAUAACGUACAAGCUGUCUCUCCAGGAACCGAGAGUAACCAACCGGAACUGAGAUGAAGUCUUCCUUCCUUUAUCUCUACCGAGGUGACAAGGUAAGGGCGAGAAGGAUGCCAAGAUUAAAGGCUCGAGAAGAGAUUCACCUUUUCUCUAGAGGAAAUGCCCAAAGAUCUCAGUCUCAAGGAGGAGCUGGAUCCAUUCAGGGAUCUGGAUACGGUUGCAUGUGAGGAGAGCCUGACAUGUGGGCGCAAGACCCGCGUCUGCAAGACCAGGCAGCGGCCACCCUUCCCCCACUCACCUCUUGGAGCGCAGCUCAACUAUAGCUGUCCGAGUAACCGCCGCCAUCACCACCGCCAUCACUCGGGGUGUUCUCUGAGGUUGAAAAGAGAGGUUUGGCCACUCCUGCACCUCGUGUAAAUAAAGGAACAGAUGCCUGCCACACAGAAGCCGAUGAGAUAUGGACAUACGGAGGGACACACCGAUGUCUGUUUCGAUGAUUCUGGGAGUUGUAUUGUAACUUGUGGAAGUGAUGGUGAUGUGAGGAUUUGGGAAGACUUGGAUGAUGAUGAUCCUAAGUCCAUUAAUGUGGGAGAAAAGGCAUAUUCGUGUGCUUUGAAGAAUGGAAAAUUGGUCACUGCCGUAUCUAACAAUACUAUUCAGGUCCACACGUUUCCUGAAGGAGUUCCAGAUGGUAUAUUGACUCGCUUUACCACAAAUGCAAACCAUGUGAUUUUUAAUGGGGAUGGUUCUAAAAUUGCUGCUGGAUCCAGUGAUUUCAUAGUCAAAGUUGUGGAGGUGAUGGAUAGCAGCCAACAGAAAACGUUUCGAGGACACGAUGCCCCUGUUUUAAGUCUUUCCUUUGAUCCUAAGAACAUCUUUCUGGCAUCAGCCAGUUGUGAUGGAUCUGUCAGAGUGUGGCAAAUUUCAGACCAGACAUGUGCUGUUAGCUGGCCACUGCUACAAAAAUGCAAUGAUGUGAUAAAUGCAAAAUCAAUCUGCAGACUUGCUUGGCAGCCAAAAAGUGGUAAGUUACUGGCAAUUCCUGUGGAAAAAUCUGUUAAGCUCUAUAGAAGAGAAACUUGGAGUAAUCAGUUUGAUCUUUCAGAUAAUUUCAUCUCUCAGACCCUCAAUAUAGUAACCUGGUCUCCCUGUGGGCAGUAUUUAGCUGCAGGGAGUAUUAAUGGCUUGAUUAUAGUUUGGAAUGUGGAAACCAGAGAUUGCCUGGAAAGGGUGAAACAUGAGAAAGGUUAUGCAAUUUGUGGCCUGGCCUGGCAUCCUACUUGUGGCCAAAUAGCUUAUACUGAUGCAGAAGGAAACCUAGGGCUCCUGGAGAAUGUUUGUGACCCCAGUGGAAAGAAGUCAAGCAGUAAGGUAUCUAGCAGAGUAGAAAAGGAUUACAAUGACCUUUUUGAUGGAGAUGAUGCAAGCAAUGCUGGUGAUUUUCUAAAUGACAAUGCAUCCAAGACCCCCUCUUUUUCAAAAGGGAUUAUAAAUGAUGGUGAGGAUGAUGAUGACCUCAUGCUGACUUCAAGUCGUCCUAGACAGAGAAGUCACAUCCUAGAAGACGAUGAAAACUCCGUUGAUAUUACAUUGCUAAAAAAUGGUUCUAGUCUUCUCAAAGAGGAUGAAGAAGAUGAUCAGGCAGACAACAUCAACAAUCUACCACUUGUAACAUCCCAAAGGCCAUUUUAUGAUGGGCCUAUGCCAACUCCCCGGCAAAAACCAUUCCAAUCAGGCUCUACACCCUUGCAUCUCACUCACAGAUUCAUGGUGUGGAACUCUGUUGGAAUUAUUCGCUGCUAUAAUGAUGAGCAAGACAAUGCCAUAGAUGUAGAAUUCCACGAUACCUCCAUACACCAUGCAACACACUUGUCAAACACUUUGAAUUAUACAGUAGCAGAUCUUUCCCAUGAAGCUAUUUUGUUGGCAUGUGAAAGCACUGAUGAACUAGCAAGCAAGCUUCACUGCCUGCAUUUCAGUUCUUGGGACUCAAGCAAAGAGUGGAUAGUAGAUAUGCCUCAGAACGAGGAUAUCGAAGCCAUAUGUCUUGGUCAGGGAUGGGCUGCUGCCGCCACUGGGGCCUUGCUCCUCCGACUGUUCACUAUUGGAGGUGUUCAAAAAGAGGUCUUCAGCCUUCCUGGGCCUGUGGUGUCAAUGGCAGGAGAUGGAGAACAACUUUUCAUUGUUUACCACAGAGGUACAGGAUUUGAUGGGGAUCAGUGCCUUGGAGUUCAACUGCUAGAGCUGGGGAGAAAGAAAAAACAAAUUCCUUGUGGUGACCCUCUUCCUCUUACAAGGAAAUCGUACCUUACAUGGGUUGGAUUUUCAGCUGAAGGUACCCCCUGUUACGUGGAUUCAGAGGGCAUUGUUCGAAUGCUUAACAGAGGACUUGGUAAUACAUGGACUCCUGUGUGUGACACAAGAGAGCACUGCAAGGGGAAGUCUGACCACUACUGGGUGGUUGGUGUCCAUGAGAACCCCCAGCAGCUGAGGUGCAUUCCUUGUAAAGGUUCUCGGUUUCCUCCCACCCUUCCACGACCUGCCGUAGCCAUAUUAUCCUUUAAGCUUCCUUACUGUCAGAUUGCGACAGAGAAAGGACAAAUGGAGGAACAAUAUUGGCGCUCAGUUAUGUUUCACAACUACCUUGAUUAUUUGGCUAAAAAUGGUUACGAAUAUGAAGAGAGCACUAAAGAUCAAGCAAUAAGAGAACAACAGGAGCUUUUAAUGAAAAUGCUUGCGCUUUCUUGUAAAUUGGAACGGGAAUUUCGAUGUGUGGAACUUGCUGAUCUGAUGACUCAAAAUGCCGUGAAUUUAGCCAUUAAAUACGCGUCCCGUUCUCGGAAAUUGACAUUGGCCCAAAGACUUAGUGAACUGGCUAUGGAGAAGGCAGCAGAACUGGCAGUGACCCAGGAGGAGGAGGAGGAGGAAGAGGAAGAGGGUUUCAGAAAAAAGCCGAAUGCUGGUUACUAUAAUACUGCCUCAGAGUGGAGCCAACCAAGGCUUAGAAAUCAAGUUGAAGAAGAUGCAGAGGACAGUGGAGAAGCUGAUGAAGUAGAAGAAAAACCAGAAAUACAUAAGCAUAGACAGAACUCAUUUUCCAAAAGUGCAAAUUCCUCUGACAUGCCACCUGUUAAGUCAGGUGCAGUUAUCUCUAGCAACCAAGGACAAGCGAACCCCUUCAAGGUAUCAGUCAGUUCCAAAGAGCCAGCCACUUCGGUGAAUACAGCACGUUCAACUAAUAUUUUAGAUAAUAUGAAUAAAUCAUCCAGGAAAUCCACUGCACUUAAUCGAGCUGCAAGUAACGACAAAUCUCCAGUUAUAAAGCCUCUAAUUCCAAAACCAAAGUCUAAGCAGGCAUCUGCAGCAUCCUAUUUCCAAAAAAGAACUUCCCAAGCUGGUAAGACUGAUGAAGUGAAAGAAGAAAAUCCGAAAAAUCUAUCAUCUGAAACCCCAGCUGUAUCUCCUCAAAACACUGAGAACCAAAGGCCAAAGACUGGGUUCCAGAUGUGGCUAGAAGAAAAUAGAAGUAAUAUUUUGUCUGACAAUCCUGACUUUUCAGAUGAAGCAGACAUAAUAAAAGAAGGAAUGCUUCGAUUUAGAGUACUGUCCGCUGAAGAAAGGAAGGCAUGGACUGACAAGGCCAAAGGAGGAACUGCAAGUGAUGGAGCUGAAACAAAAAAGCGGAAACGUCUCAUCGAUGAAAAUAAUGAAACAGAAAGAACAGAAAGUCAGAAAGAAGAAACAAAGGAGAAUCUAAAUUUGCCUAAAAAGCGAAAACCUUUAGAUCUUUCUACAAAUCAGAAACUAUCAGCUUUUGCAUUUAAGCAGGAGUAAAUGGAAAAAGUGACCUUAGGAAAGCAAGGGGUUUUUUACUCAUCUGUGAUGAAUCUGAAUUUUUUUUUUUUUUUUUCUUUUAGGAAACUCAUUAUAUAUAUUUUAAAAGAGUCUAAAGAUAACUGUCUUUAUAAGAUAAUGUAGUAAUUAUGUUUGAGUAGGUGCCUUGCCAUGUGUAAAAUCUAUCCUUUGCAGAUUACUCUGUCCCUAAGAUGGCUAUUCAGAAACAUUGUGAUUGUGGUCACUGACUUAAGGUCACCAGCAUGUUCCCAUGGAAGCCAGUUUGAUUUUGUUUCUUACCUUUCAAAUCAUCAAAACCAAGGUUGUAAAACCUCUGUGCAUUGACGUACCUUCUAGGGACUUCCUUAUUUGGUUUAUUUCAGGUACUGGAAAGCACCCCAGUAGUCUUCUACCCAAGUGUGUUACUAUAGACUGUUCUCUGUGUCUGUACUGGACUUAUCAGACCAUGUUUUUAUUAUGGGUCCUAAACAUGUAAAUAAUUUUGUAGGUGAGACUUUUUCUUUUGUAUGUUUUGGAAAUUGCUUCAAAUAUGAUUUCUAGUUGUCUGUUGGUAUCGCCUGAUUUUUAAUAAAACUUUUUAACAUUUACAUAUUUGGCUUGUUACGGUCUUAACAUUGUAUUUGCAUUUCCCGAAAAUAAAUUUUAUAAUUACUGCCAUAAUUUCUACCACUGCCACCACCCUCAUCCUGCUCUGCAGUAUGCACACAGUAGAAUAGAGAAGAAAUGUAAUAUGCUUUGAUAGUUAUUGCAGCCCAGGGCAUAAUGUGCUCCUGGUAGGAAACCCCAGUUAUCAGCAUCAGCAGUACUUGUUUGAGCACAUCU